AUGGCUGUUCGAUGUUCUGCUUGCGGUCAAUGGAUCAAGACGACCGGUGGGGCUCAUAGCUGUCCCGGCAGCGGCAAGGCCAAAGAAGAGCUGCUUGAUGUUCCCAACAAUAUUGAGGCCAAAAAACAUUUCGACCACGACGACCGCGACGUCAACGACGAGGGUUCUGCCUUCUAUUUCCUUUAUCUAAGCCGCUAA